AUGGUUGGUGUUCCACGGCAUAUAGCGGAACACCGGUUAAACGUCUCACAGGAUGCGAAGCCAGUAGUGCAUGCCAAACGACACCUGGGGGACAUCAAACAUGAUGCAAUGAAAGAACAAGUGUUAGAACUGCUAAACGCAGGAAUCAUCAGGGAAGUCCGGUACCAAACGUGGGUGGCAAGCCUAGUCAUGGUAAAGAAACCGAAUGGUAGUUGGCGAAUGUGCGUCGACUACAAGGAUCUGAACAAAGCAUGCCCCCGUGACUGCUAUGCGUUGCCAGACAUAGACGAGAAAAUAGAUUCUUUGGCAACGUUUCGGUGGAAAUGUUUUCUGGAUUGCUACAAGGGAUACCACCAGGUCCAGAUGGCUUUUCAAGACGAGGAUAAAACCGCAUUCCGCACGCCAACGGGGCUAUACUGCUACACCAAGAUGCCGUUCGGCUUAAAGAAUGCAGGUGCUACGUAUCAACGGUUGAUGAAUGAAACAUUUAGUGACGCCAUCGGUAAAUACAUCGAGGUAUACAUGGACGAUCUGGUAAUCAUGAGCAGGGAGGAGAGCGCGAUGCUGGUAAAUAUUCAGAAAACCUUCAACACGCUGCGCAGCGUGAGCAUAAAACUGAAUCCAGCAAAGUGCUCAUUUGGAAUGGAGGAAGGAAAGUUUCUGGGCUUCAUAGUCACCAAAGAUGGUUUUAAGGUGAACCCAGAAAAGGUCCAGGCCAUAGAGAGGAUGCCUUCACCAGCAAGCAUCAAAGAUAUGCAAAAGCUCGCAGGACGAUUGGCAGCCCUCAAUCGAUUCCUAGCAAACCACGCGGCAAAAUCCUUCCCAUUCAUCAAGACCUUGCGAAACUCUUCCGACAGGGCCGUCGGUGCCGUAUUGCUGGUUGAUCGACAAGGUGUCCAAACACCUGUGUAUUAUGUGUCCAGAACCCUAACCGACCCAGAAACAAGAUACGCAAUCAUGGAAAAGCUUGUCCUUGCACUGAUUCACGCGUCAAGAAGGCUACGCAGAUAUUUCGCCAAUCACGUCAUCCACGUGUUAACAAAUUACAAUAUUGGGAAUAUCCUAGCAAGGCCGGAAAUAUCAGGAAGGUUGGCCAAAUGGGCGAUAGAGCUAGGGGGACACAACGUAGUCUUCAGACCACGACCGUCGAUAAAAGGCCAAGUUUUGGCAGACUUCAUGACGGAAGUCCCCGAUGACAAAGACAGAGAGUGUAAGGCGAUGGAGAAAGCGGAGAAAAAACAAACCGAAGAACCAUGGAUGCUGUAUACUGACGGCGCGUCCAACGAAGAUGGGGCAGGCGCGGGGCUACGGUAUGAAGCCUUCCUGGCCGGCCUGCGCUUAGCAAUCAAAAUGGGAGUCCGACAUAUUGAGGCACAUGUGGACUCCAUGCUAGUGGCAGGCCAAAUCAACGGUCAAUACGAAGCCAAGGGCGACAUAAUGGCACUCUAUCUCAACCAAGCAAAGACGUUGCUGCAAACUUUCUAUUCUUACAAGGUGCACCACAUAAACCGCAGCGAAAACAAGCCGGCAGACGCCUUAAGCAAGCUAGCGUCAACAAGUUUUCAGCACCUAGCCAAAGACGUACGCAUAGAAGUUUUAAGCAACCCGUCUGUUCCACUCCGAGAAGUCAGCGUCAUCCAAACAGGAACCACGUCAUGGAUGACACCCAUCAUCAUGUACUUACAAUCCGGGAUACUCCCAGAAAAUAAAGCCGAGGCGCGGAAAAUCCAGUAUAAAUCAGAACAUUAUCAAAUGGCGGACGGGAUAUUGUACCGAAAGUCAUAUCUCGGCCCUCUGUUGAGAUGUGUUGACGCCGAAGACGCAAAUUAUCUGAUCCGGGAAGUACAUGAGGGCAUCUGCGGCAUCCACGCCGGGCCGCGCAUGGUAGUGGCUAAAGUAAUGAACGCCGGUUACUACUGGCCCGGAAUGCACCUCGAUGCCGUGAAAGAAUUAAGGAAAUGCAGCGGCUGCCAACGGCAUGCACCAAAAACCAUGCGUCCCAAAAACGAGUUGGUGCCAGUAACAACCGCAUGGCCCUUUCAGCAAUGGGGCAUAGACAUGGUGGGCCCCUUCCCAGAAGCUCCGGGGGCAGUCAAGUUCAUCAUCGUCGCGGUCGAUUACUUUACCAAGUGGAGGUUUUAUUCCAAACCAAUUAAAAAUGAAGUCCUCUGUCUAGUUGGCAUUGACGUAACACUUAUGUUGUGUAAUAAAACGCCUAAGGGUGUUAGGAGUGGACGCGGCAAAGUGGUCGGCAAACGGUUUUGCCGAGCGGCAAACACCGCUGCCAACACUUUGUCGUUGCCGACAAACGCAUGGAUCGGGGGUUGCAUGCCGACGCGGGGAACGAUGUUCAAACGGCUAUAA